UUUCAGGUUGAAGUAGCCAUUAAAAAUGUGGCGAUUGUUAAUUGUGUCAGUUGUGAUUACAUCCUGUACACCCUUCAAGAUAGGAGUUCUUGUUGACACAGACUGGAUUGAUGAUGACCUGUCAGCCUUUGAUGACGUCUCAUCAGGAAUGGAAUACGUCACACAUAGAGUACCAGAAAAUAAUUCAAUGAAAAUGACUAACAAAGUUUGUGAACUUCUUAAUCAAGGAUAUGGUGGAUUCAUUUCAUUUCUUGGAUGCUUCAGUGCAUUGUCUGUAGAACUCCAAGCCAAAUCGAGAAAGAUUCCUCAUAUUAUGUACACAAGAAAACCCUGCUUUCUCGGUGCUCAACCAGAAACAUUCCAAAUAAUUCCUAAUUGCAAAGAAGUAAACAAAGCUUUGACAACAAUAAUUUCGAAGCUCAGUUGGUUGGAUGUAUUUAUCAUACACGACAAGACAUUGGAAUCUAGGUGUCUCCAAGAUCUAGUUGCACGUUUUUCAAGUAUUGCGGUUAGGUCAAGAAUGCUGAGUACGUCGACUCUAUCCAACAAGCAGACUGUCACAACAACAAAGACCCACAAUCCCGGUAUUAUUGUUCUUUUUGUAGACGAAGAAAGAGUGGAAGAUAUUUUAAUCGAGGCAGAAGAACAGGGAUUACUGACGGCAAAAAAAUCCUGGAUUUUUAUACCACCUGAUAUAAGUCUUCCAAAAACAAUUAAUAUUACCUCUCAAGAUUCAAGAGUACUUUUUUUACGUCAAUAUAAUAAGAAGCUGAAUAUGGAAAACGAUAAAUGUCUGUCUGUUUUACAAGAUAAUUCAACGAUGAUCACUGAAAUUCUAAAGGAUGCUAAAACAAUUUACAAGAAAGCAAUACACAACAUCUUAGCUGUUUCGCCGAGUUUUACUUUCAAACCAUUUGAUUGCAGAAACCAUACACGCAUUAUGUCAGCUGGUGACAAAUUAAUUACAGAAAUAAAAAAGAUCAACUUAAAAGGUUUAUCAGGUUAUUUAAAAUGGGAUCAAAAUAAGUACCUAUCGGAAGCUGAACUAGAACUCUGUAGUUUUAAAGGUGGCACAGAUUCUUUACAUCAUAUGGGAAAAUGGACAACAGGAAAUGGUCUUCAACUAAAUGAUGGUGUAUUGUUUGGGAACGAGUUCACCAAUUUUGGCGGGAAAGUCUUGACAGUUGCAACUUUGCAGGUAGAACCAUUCAUUUACAUCGAAAACAACAACAAUGUGACGACAUACACAGGUUUUUGUUUUGAUAUAUUGAACGAGAUGGCAAAGCGUUUUAAUUUUAGCUACAAAGUAGUUCAGCCCCCGGAUGGACAAUAUGGUGGUCCCAAAGAAGAUGGAACUUGGACAGGAAUGGUCGGUAUGAUCAUGAGAGGAGAAAUAGACAUUGCAGCAGCCCCUUUUACUAUCACCUGUAUAAGGGAGUCCGUCAUUGAUUUUACUGUACCAAUAAUGGAGGACGGUGUGGGAAUCUUAACCAAGAAAAUCACCGAGGAACCUUAUAAAUUGUUUAAAACACUAAAGCCUUUUACUCUGAAAGUUUGGGGUGCCAUCGGAAUGGUAAUAAUUGUUGUCGGUAUCUUCCUGUAUAUUGUAAAUCGACUCAGUCCUUAUACUGUCGAUGGUCAAGAUCUUAUGGUGGACACAGCUCAUGAGCAAAAGAAAUUAAAAGAAAAUAUGUGGUUAAUCUAUGGAUCCUUUCUCGAACAAGCUGUAGAUCCACGUCCAAGUGCCACUUCAGGAAGAGUAAUGUUAGGAUUUUGGUGGGUUUUUACCAUAUUGAUGUUAGCAAGCUAUACAGCAAACCUUGCAGCCUACUUGACUGUCAGUAUUACUGUUCAACCGAUUAACAGCUUGUCGGAACUCAUCACUCAAGACAAAAUAAAACCGUUAGUAAAGACAGGAACCAGUCUCCAUACGCUUUUUCAGACAGCUUCAUCUGGCGUAUACACACAAGUAUGGGAGAAAAUGUCCACGAUGCCGUACGUUACAAGUCGUGCAACUGCUGUAGAACUGGCAAGGACUGGGGAAUACGCUUUUAUGACGGAUAUAAGUCAGUUAGAGUUCAUUCAGUUACAAGACUGUGAAGCCUUCGCUUUAGCUGCGGAAGUUUUCAACCAAGCUGGGUUGGGCUUUGUCAUGCCAGAAAACGCACCGUACAAGGAAGCUUUCAAUUUGAACAUAAUGAAAAUGCACGAGGCUGGAAUGACAGAACGAUGGAAAGAUAAAUGGUGGCCAAAGAUAAAUACUUGUUCUACAGUAUCUCGCACAGGUGGAGCCAAUUCUCUAGGAAUGGAUAGCAUUGCUGGAGUAUUUUUAGUAUAUGUCAGUGUUGUUGGAGUGGCUAUUAUUACAUUUCUUCUUAAUCUGUUCUGGCAAAAGUGUAUUUUUAAAAGAUACAAAAUUUACUUGGCCCCAAUCAAGAAUCAAAUGUGGGGAAGGUCCAUGAAAUAUAGAGAGACUACAGACAUAAAGAACAAGUGCCAUAAGCAGUAAAAUGUGCUUUGUUUAUUAUUACUCUAA